AUGUAAUGUGAUUCUAUAAAAUAAAAUAUUUAAUAUAUUAAUAUGUUGAUUGAAUAUGUAAAAAAAAUAUAUCACCAAAUUAAAUCAAGCCAUUAUCAUAAUAAUAAAAGAGAAAGAUUAUUAUUUUUUGUUCUUUUUUACUUCCUUGGUGUUAUUUCAAAUAAGCCUCUUCACCUCUUUUGCUCAUAUUUUAAACUUCUUUUAUACACAUUUGUUUAUAAAAUUUUAAGGUAUAAAAAUUCAGAAGAUUUCAAUGGAGAAUAUAAACUCGUUCUAUGCGUUAGAACAGAUUUAUGCAUGGGUAAGGGUAAAAUAGCAGCUCAAUGUGGUCAUGCCUCUAUUGGAGCUUAUGCAGAUUCCGUUAGGAAUAAUAAUCCGUAUGUAUAUAAAUGGUUCAAUGAUGGCCAAAAGAAAGUUGUUUUAAAAAUCAACGAUUACGAUGAAAUGAGAGAGAUAAAAAAACAAGCAAAAUUAAAAGGUGUAAACACACAUGUGACUAUAGAUGCUGGAAGGACACAAAUUCCUUCCGGAUCUUGUACAGUUAUCGCAGUAGGCCCGGGACCUGAACCUCUUUUGGAUAAAAUUACAGGCCAUCUUAAAUUGUUGUAAUAUUCUAAUAUUUUAAAUUUUG